AAAGCUCACUAUUAUACUAGAUUGCUGUAUGAUAAUUUCAUCCACUCGUCAUCACGAGAAACAAGAAUAAUCACUUCGAACAUCAAGAAACAGACUUACUACUGUUUCCACUCACCACGAAAGAAAAAUGAGCGAUCUGCUUGACACGUUUGACGAUCUGCUUGACGAAUCGGGUUUGGGGAACGGUAUAAGCUGUGCGAACGAGGUAAUAGCUGGAGUGCAAGAGGAGCGCGCUGGGGUGCAAGAGCACGUCGUAUCCAUAGCAACAGAGGUGGUCCAAACUGGAGGUGGUGAGUCGUUGGCACGGAAAGGUGACCGUGGUGGAGAGUCCUCGAGCAGUAGCUCUACGCCAGGAACUCCGAGAGGUAAUGAUGGAGAUGAAGUCGUGGAGCAGGAGGUCGCAGUCAACAUAGUUGCAGACGCACCAGGCUUUUCUACGGCUGGCGGGUCAAGCGGUAUAAUCCUAACUCCCGCUGCAGGCGUUAGCCUCAAGAACGGUGAGGAGGCAAAGAACGAUGCCACUACGAAUGAUGUGCAGUUGCCCACAAGGGAAGGGGUCGUAGACGCCACCGCGUCUAGAGCACCUGUAGAUGAUGCCGCCACGACUGCAGUGCCUCUAGAUGCCGCCACCACGUAUAAAGCACCUGUAGAUCAUGAUGCCACUGCCACGUCUAAAGCAGCUCUAGAUCCCACUGUAAUGGAUGCCACCUCCUCGAGUACCACUGAAGGAGCAACUCCCACUACAGAUCCGGCAAGCAAAUCUUACAAUUGGGGAGUGAAGAGCCAGUUUGCAAAGCCUUCAUUGUCAGACACAGCGGCACAGCUCGAAAGAAUACGCGAACAGCAGCGCGAGUUAAGAAAGGUUGAUUUGUUGUAGAGUAGGACGUCCCAGACCCUCAUGAGAAAAAAUCAUAUUAUGACAUGACGAGAUCAACUAUUUUGGCCCGCCAAUAGCCUCGUACAUGGUACAUACCAUAAAGGACAACAUCAGCAUGUUGAUGAUUCUUCUUGCUUAUAGCAUCCGCGUAUGAAAAUACAUCUUGCGAGGGAUCUUGUAUGAAAAUACUUCUUCAUAUCAGCGAAGACAAAAACAAGCAGCAGAAAGGAUGAAGGCCUAUGAGAAGAACUCUGGAUUCCACAUCUCAGAGCGUUGCCUCUCCCAAGAAAAGUUUGAUGCUUGUAUGCGAGACAAGAUUAAAGUCGAACUGAGGGAUAUACGGUUAAGGAAGAAGAAGUGCCUUUGGUAGUUCUAUGUGAAAGAAGAAGUGCUUUUGGUAGUUCUAUGUGAUUUCUAUGUGAAGAAGAUUGGUAGGAAUGCGUAUCCGCGAUUCUAUGUGAUUUCUUUGUGAAGAUUGGUAGGAAUGCGUAUCCGCGAUUGAUUCAAUCUAGUAUAAUUUUUAUUACAUGAUAUCUUGUUGUAGUUCAUCUAUUAAUCAGGCUAAGGCUUUGGUAUGAUGUCUUUGACAUUCACAACCCUUAUGGGAAGUAGCAGAUCAUCUACAAAAUACUUACGAAGUAGAUCAUCUACAAAAUACUUACGAAGUAGAUAACCUAAACCUUUGUGUAGGUGUACCAAUGCUUUGCUUCAUACCUACGAUUGGUUUCGACCGGUGGUUUCCAUGACAAGACCGCUGACUACAAGGAUCCUGCGUACAAGGGGAAAAACGUGGUGCUCAUCGUGAUAGCUAUUCACUUUCAGGACCAGCAGUCUCUAGGUGACGGCCAAGUAUGCGCUCAGUGGAAGAUCUGCGACUUGCCUACGGUACUCUCUAUUAAAUUUGCGUAAGGCUCAUGCCGGAAGAGAUGCACACUGCAGACUCUUUUUAUGGAGGUGGCAUCGUGGUGGAGCAAUAAAUUUACGUAUGAUAAGUAUAGACUCUUAGUAGGUACUAAGAGUCCACCAUUGAAGAUGUGAGGAUCAAUAUUGAUUUCCCAGGUAGCAUGCCCUCAAGCAACGGUGGUAACAUUGCGGCUUUUUUCGGGAGCGUUUCUUACCUGGACAAAGAGUCAAGAGGCGAAAAAUGAGCUGAAAAAGGGAUCUGUUUUUUUAUGCGGACACACCUAGUCUUCGUGAAUGCCCUCGUUUAGAACUAGAAGUAGCCACUGACCAGUUGCUUACACAAUCAGGAGGUGACCCCAAAGCAGUUGAGCUUUGAUUCUUUGAUGAGGCGUGGUAAAAAUAACUACUUAUGCAAGAAUAAAAUAAAUACUUUGAUCCUCUUCUCAGCUUCGCAAUUCACGCUAUCAUCUUCGGGUCCUCUGUCCUCUAACUCAGGCGAUCUUGAAUCCAGCUGUGUCGCUUCAACCGGGUACGGCCAGAUAUUUUGCGAGAGUAACGCAGGCUGCGCAAAUAGUAAAACUAGGAGAGUGUGAAGACGUUGGAUAUUGUGCAGCCCUAAGUGGAAGCAAUGGCCGUGGAGAGCUGUGUGGGCAACCGAUUUUAUGAAUUCAAGCCGUACUAUCAAGUAAGUUGUCGGGGUUCUUGGCUUAGUGUGUGAUAGAUGGGUUUUGAUUUGUUUAGCCCACUUUUAUUGUACCACUGCGAGGUCACCUCGACGACAGUAAAGUAGAUAUGCGUAGAAGCUCACCUAAGUGUAUGAUUCUCAAUUUUUCUUUUCCACUCCUCCUCCUCCUACUCCUUCUUCAUAGAACAACGUCCGAACUUGUCCUAGCGGACUGUGCUAUUACCACAAUGAAAAGCAGUAUGCGUCCUCCACGUCUGGCGCCAAGAAGACGGAGCCUGGAGUGGCAGUGACCUUGACGAGUGAGGCGGCGCGAGAAACGACGAAAAAAUGGGCAGCCAUUGGACAUUCCGUGAAAACGAGCAAAGAUUAAGGGUCUUCACAUUGCAGCCUGCACGAACGUCUUCCCUGACUGUACUUUUCCCACUAAGCAUUGAAAGAAGUCAGGGAUGCUCUGAGCAAUGCAAUGUCGCAACCUCUAAAAAGAAGUGCAAGAAAAACGGAAGCAGGCUCAGCGGGAGAAUACGAAGGAACGUGAUCUCUGGUUUUUCAAUCGGAAGUUACGGCAUGAUAGGACGAUAUUUCACAUGAUGUCCACGACAGGAGAGGUUCUUUUUCCUCUCUGUUUCCUCCAUCCUAGAAAUUUGUUUUUCGUCUCUGUGUCCUUCAACAUCUUAAAUAGAAGUUUGUGUCUGAGACAAUGAAUACGAAGCAAGAACUGACUAACCCUAGCCCUAAGCCCUAAACCCCAGCUCCUCUAAGGAACAAUGCGAACGAACAUGCGAAUGAAGCUUUUCGCGAUGCCAAACUGAGUGGGCGAUCACUCACCGCUUCUUCAGCUUCAACGGUGCCUCUGCUGGGGAGGGGGAUAGCAGAGGAUGACGUCAUCCUAUUUGACGAGGACGAUAUCACAGAUGCUGCUAAAGCAGCUAGUAAGAGAAAGCCAGCAUCUUCUACUCAUAUAAUUUUUAAGGUCAACAUUUAGUGUCCAUCUUUCUCGGCAUCUUGGUAAGUACCCUUUUCCCUUGUAUUCUCAUGAAAUACAAGGUACAAGGGGUCAAGAUGAGGGCUCAUCCGAGAUGCAUUCUUCUAGCGGACUCUAAAAAUCGUACUCUGUCGUCGAUUGGUGGAGAUAAGAAUUCUAGUACUGCAACGAAGCAAGCGGCCGAAAAUAGAGGAACCACAAGCAAUGCAACAAGUAGAGGAGCAGUUUCUAGCUCGUCUAGCUCGAAAGUGGAAUCCGCCAACAACAUCACGGAAUCAUCAAAAUCGAAAAUCUCGAAAGAUGCAGCACGAGCUGGAUCAGCGGGAGCCGAGCCAUCAAGUAGUUAUGAAAGAAUACUUCAUAGUACCGAAAUAGUGAAGAUAUUCUGUCAUAUUCUCCUUUAGAGCUUGACUUCAAAAUGAUGGUUUAACUAAAACUAUGACGAUUCUCAUCAAGACUAUGGUACAACUCGAUCCCCUUCCUCCUACUUUCUAAUUCUGGGGCAUCAAGAAAGAAGGAUCGAAACUUGAGGCGCUGUACGCCAAGAUACGUGCUAAACGACGGGAUAAAGAGGAGGCCGCGCCGCCUGUUGCCGCGCUCUCAGAUCCAUCUGCCGCUCCAGUAGACACUGGAGAGCGAAGACUGAAAAAGCCGAAGACUGUCGUAGACUGACGCUUGUGGACUCCUUUGCUUUUGAAUUUUGAAGCAACGUGAUAGGUAAAUUCUGAAGCAACAAUGUGACGAACGCAACAAGCCAUGCAUCUUGAUUAGGAGCACGCAACUCCAUUUUGAUGGUUCGCAACACCUUCUAAGUGUGGUGGGGUUCAUUGAAGGGCGUAGCCUUUCAAUUGUGUGACUGUUUGAUAUUUUCAUCAGGGAAGACCCUCGAUUGAUUCCAAGCAGAACCGGAC